AGGACAACUGUGAUGAUCAAGAACAUCCCAAACAAAUACACCCAAAGGAAUCUGUUAGAGCUUAUCGAUACCAACCAUCAAGGAACUUACGACUUCUUCUAUUUGCCUAUUGACUUCAAGAACAAGUGCAACCUUGGAUAUGCCUUCCUUAACUUCCGUGAAGCUCGUUUUAUUGCCAGCUUCGUCAAGGACUUUGCAGACAAGAGAUGGGAGAGGUUCAACUCCGAGAAAGUCUGUGUUGUCACAUACGCCAGAAUACAGGGCAAGACAGCGCUUAUCAACCAUUUCAGGAGCUCGAGACUGAUGCUGAAGCACGAGAAGUAUCGCCCGAUCGUCUUCUCUGACAAUGGA